CUGGGAGCUGCGCCCUCACAAUCAGGCUGCCGUGGGCAUUGUCUCUGUGGUGCUCCUUAUCCUGCCGCGGCCCACAAGGCCCACCCGCCUCUCUUCCGCUGCUCCCUGAGCAGGAGACGAGAAGGUUCUUCUGCCUGUGCAUCUGGGCCCGUGUCCUGCAGACGAGCAAUGGCCCAAAUCAUCGAUGUGGUGCCCUGGGAAGAUGGCUCCGCCCAUGUGUAUGCUUCCCCAGCCAUCCUCCUCCCGCUGGAGCGCGUGCGCAACCCACUCGCCGGUGUGAAGCACCAGCUCUACCACCCAGCCCUGCCCACGCUGCGGCGCAUGGACAUGGACACUGUCAAGGGCUACCUAUCGGAUGAGCACUCCCAGUCUUCCACCUACUGCUCCAAAGAUGACUUUAACAAGGCCCACUUCACAGUCCUGGGAGUCCCCAACAAACCCCUGCAAUGCCUGGACUUCACAGCGACAGGCCAGAAGCUCUGUCAUAAGUACCGCGAAGGAAAAAUGGUGCCCAUCGCGCCAGGCAUCAACCGGGUCGACUGGCCCUGCUACACGCGUGCCAUCGAAGACUGGUCUAAAUUUGUGUCCAGGUCCGGGGACUUCAAGCUACCUUGCUUAAACAAGAGGGUGGAGAGUUUCAGUGGCUACGCGGUGCGGUACUUGAAGCCUGACGUGACCCAGAACUGGCGGUACUGCCUCAACCAGAACCCCAGUCUGGACCGCUACGGACAGAAGCCCCUGCCUUUCGACUCGCUGAACGCAUUCCGACGCUUUGGCUCCCACUACAGUCGCGUCAACUAUCUGACUCCCUGGCAUUAAUCUGUGGGUGGGGAAAGGCUGAUCCCUCUAUGGCUGGACUGUGCCACCUCCAGGUCCCCUAGCAGGACAGAGGGCAUAUGGUGGCACCAUCCAUCUCUCCAGGAGUUCAGUUCAAGAAAUAAACCUAAUGUUUCUUUA